AUGUCGGCGAUGGCUUCCAUCCUGCUCCUGGCCGUGGCCAUACUGCUGACGUCCAGCGUCGCCGCCGGCGAGGGCCGCCAGCUGACCUGCCCUCCCAGCAUCGUCAAAGACGUGCCCGUGGCCUGCUCCGACAGCGGAUCGGUGCUGGCGGACAGCAACGUGACGUACCGCUUCUUGAUUGAGGCAGCCUCCGAUCCCUUCGACCUGGUGCUCACCCUGCACACCCAGAGCGGCGAUGCCGACCUGGUGGUCGACACGCCCGGCGGGCAGCGCCUGGUCAGCCGCCACGGCAGCGGCGAGGACGUGGUGUUCAUACCGAGGGCCAAAGUGGCGGCUGGAGAGUACACGGCGGCAGUGCUGGGCUCCUCGGAGCAGUCCUCCUACAAGCUGCUCAUCCUGGACGGCCCCUGCUGCCGCCGCCCCGACUCCUGCGCCACCCUGCGCGCCGGCCUGCCGCCCGCCGCCCCCGCCGCCUCUGGCGGCGGCGCCGAGGAUGCAGGGGAGGGGGGGGAUGCCUCCUGGGACCUGUGCAACACGGGGCAGAACCUGUGCGACCCGCAGGGCCGGCUGCUGCACCUGGCGCUCGUCAACGAAUACCUGUCCUGCCCCUUCCCCACCGAGCCCUUGGCCGCCCUGGACCGCCUCACGCUGCUGGACCUGACGAUGAACGACCUGACUGGCAGCCUGGAGGAGGAUGUGGUGCCGGCCGUGAGGCGCCUGCCCGCCCUGCAGAACCUGCUGCUGUCGCACAACAAGCUGGGCGGGCGCCUGAGCUGCGACCUCGUCACAGACACGCUGGCCGAGCUGGGGCUGGCAGCCAACGAGCUUCAGGGCGGCAUCCCGGCCUGCCUGGUGGAGUCUCCGGCCAUGCAAGAGCUCUACCUGGCUGGCAACAGCCUGGAGGGGCCCCUGCCGCAGCCGCCCCCCGCCUCCAAGCUACUCAUCAUCUCCGCACACGGCAUGCGCCUCAGCGGCCCCCUGCCCGACCUCAGCGCCCUGCCCCAGCUGCAGGCCCUGCAGCUGCAGAGCAACGCGCUGAAGGGGGCGCUGCCGCCGCUGCCGGCCGCCAUGCGCCACCUGGACCUGGGGCACAACCAGCUCAGGCGAGGCAUGGGGGGCGGGAGCAUCCCGGAGCAGUGGGCGUCACUGCCCGGCCUGGAAGUGCUUCGCCUGCAGCACAACGCUCUGACGGGCAGCCUGCCGGCAGGCCUGGCCCGCCAGCCCGGCCUGGAGCUGCUGCUGCUCGGGGACAACCGGCUGGGCGGGGCGCUGCCUGCGGACUGGCAGGCGCCCCGCCUGCAGCGCCUCGACUUGCAGCACAACAGCUUGACAGGCACGCUGCCCGCCGUGCUGGGCACGCUGCCCUCGCUGACCGUGCUCCAGCUGGGCGGCAACCGCCUGGGCGGCGGCCUGCAGGUGUUUGCCGCGGGGGUGGCGGCCGCGGCAGAGGGUGGCGACGCGGGGCGGCGACGCGCGCGCGGCCCCCGCAACCGCCUACUGCUGCUGGCGCUGGCGGGCAACCGCCUCACGGGGCCCGUGCCAGAGGGGCUGCGCAGCCUGGGCCUGUUUGUGCGCGGCGGCGGCUUCACGCUGGUCGACGGUGUGGCGGUACCGGCCACGCUGGACCUAUCAAACAACCAGCUCAGCGGGCCCUUCCCCGCCUGGGCGGCGCAGGAGCUGGCAGACAGCCGGGCGGUGGUGGUGAGCAUGGAGGGCAACAGCGGCGGCAGCGGCGGCGGCGGCGGCGGCGGCAGCCUGCUGUCCUGCCCCACCGCCGACAUCCUGGUGCCUGCCGAGCUCAAGUACAGCCGCAUGAUGGGGCUGGAGUGCCUGGCGGCAGACGGCAGCGUUCAGCCUGUGGCGCAGUUUGUAAAGGUUGGGGAGCAGCCGCCGCCCGGCCUCGACCCUGAGCCCCAGCCAUCUGGAGGCGGCGGCGGCGGCGGUAGCGGCGGCGGCGGCAGCGCCAGCGGCGCGCCUGCACCUGCAAGCGCCGACAGCGGCGGCGGCAUGCCUGCCUGGGGCAUCGCCCUCGCGGUGCUGGGAGGGCUGGCGGGCGCCGCGGCGCUGCUGGCACGCGCGCGCUGCUACAAAGCCUACGAGCCCCGCUCAGACUCCCCAGGCGACAGCCCCACCGCAGCAGACAUGGUGUCGGCCAAGGGCCAGGCGGUGGCGCUGGCAGACCUGGGCAGCAAGGCCGGCGGCCUUCCCGGCAGCCUGGGCAGCAAAGCCGGCGACGGCGGCGGGCUGCUGGGGGCGUGGGGGGCCGGGAUCCAGGCGGUGGGGGCGGCGGCGGGGGGCCCCGGCGCGGGCGCCUCCGCCGCCUCCUCGGCAGCCGCCUUCUCAAUUGGCACGAAGGUGCAUGCCUCGGAUGGGGCCGACCUGGUCUGA